AUGCCCCCGCAUUCCUCCAAAACGACCCUCCUUUUGCUUGCGGCUCUGCGGCUCUCACAGGCCCAUUAUAUCUGGCCUAAUAAACAUGACAUUCUCGAAGAUUCGCUGACCGUCUCGGGUGGGCUGGGCCAGAGCGGGAUGAUGGCAGAAAUCGCAACGUGUGGGGCCGCGCCGUUUGGUGGGCGUCUCGUCGGUAGACAGUCGGCGGCGGAGUGGCUAAGAGUCGCAUACCAUGAUAUGGCUACCCAUGACGUGCAUACUGGUCUUGGGGGGCUUGACGGGUCGAUUGGAUUUGAGACGGACCGACCUCAGAACAUUGGGAGUGCCAUGAACACCAGCAUGGUAUUUUUCGCGACCUUUCAAGGAAAAACAUCUUCUGUAUCGGAUGUCAUGGCUUUGAGUGUCGUUCUCGCAAUGAAACAGUGUAAUGGCCCAAGCAUACCUUUUCGUGCCGGCAGGAUCGACGCUACUGCCGCUGGUCCUGAUACUGUCCCCGAGCCUCAACAGGAUCUGGCAACGCAUACGACUAUGUUUGCCAACCAAGGCUUCAAUGUUGAAGAGAUGAUUGGGCUCGUCGCAUGCGGGCAUACCGUUGGUGGCAUCCACGAGGUUGACUUCCCCGACUCUGUCCCCGCUACUCCGUUUGACCCCAACAACCCGGAAGGUGUGGUCCACUUUGACCAGACUUUCGAUGACUUUGAUAACCACAUUGCUACGGAGUGGAUCGACGGAACGACCAACAACCUCCUUGCGGUUGGACACAACGCGACGACCAACUCUGAUGCGCGCAUAUUUGCUGCAGACAACAACGUGACCAUGAAAGCGUUUGCGAAAGAUGCCACCUCGUUCCAGAAGACAUGCGGCAAUCUUUUUGAACGCAUGCUCAACACCGUACCCAAGUCUGUCCAGCUGACCGACGUCAUCGACCCUCUCCCAGUCAAGCCUUACCAACUUGCCCUCAACCUGGCAGACGAUGGAUCGCUCGAGCUUUCUGGCUACAUUCGCAUCUUCAGCACUGCUCCAGAAGCCAUGAACGUCGACCCAGAAAACAUGGUGGUGAACCUGAGCUGGAAGGAUCACAAUGGGAAUAGGAACUCGACUUAUACCAGCACUUUGACUGCCGGCUGGUCAAACAGCACCAGUCUGUGGGGCUUCGUGCACUUUUUCCCGGUUUACACCAAGCUCGAUCCCAACUUCGGCCUGUCAACUAUCUUCGUUGACUGGGCAUUCAACGCGCAGGAGGCACUGACACACGCUGACAACGGCGGCGCGGGCUUCCCUCUCAACGAUGUCGUCUUCUACCAAGACUCCGCCAGCUGCAACACGCUCACCAACACCACAAUUGUCGUGAACAUCCGAAACAACCUCGGCCCCGUCUCAGACGCGUUUGUGGACUACUAUUACAAUGUUAACCAGCAGGGCACCAUCGCGCUCAAGACGGUGACCGUCCACACGCCGCUGACGCGCACCGGCAGCUCCGCUUCGGCGCUCUAUGAUGUCUAUACCGCUGUCUUCCCGAGGCCUCCCAGAAACCAACAAGGGCGGACAUCGUUCGAUGUGACAGCAAAUGUUGGCGGCAAGGUCUACACCCAGGUCGCCAAUCUGGCCAUUCAGAAUGGCUGUGGGUUGUAG